AAAGAUUUCAUUCUUGGAAGAUGAGAAUGAAUUGUCUUCGAGUACCGUUGCAAGGAUUGGUUUCGGUUUGCUCCGAAGUUGGAUCCUUCGAUGUCUCAUCGUCUCGUCACAAUUACAGGCCCGCCUCUCAAACUAGCUAGCUAGAGGUGCUACAAGAAGAAAGAGUGCAUUGAAAAUGUCAAACGUAUAUCAAAGAUGCGACAGCAACGAAUGGGAUCCAUACUAUGAUUUCUACGAAGAGGAGGUAUUGAGCGAAGAAGAAGACGUAUACAUCGAAAAUGGAGGUGUCGCGGAGGAGGCAUUGCAAAGUAGUGGGUCGGGGAGCCAACAUGGGAUGAGCUUCAGUGGACACCCUUUCGACGAAAGCACAAGAGCGUCACAGCAUCCUCUACCGGUAGAAGAGCAAAAGACCGAAAUUGUUCUUGCCCCCCGACAAGCUGAUCCGCCCCAGUCAGCGCGAUAUGACAGGCUGGAGCCCACAGGACAACUCCGUCGGGGGGCACGAUCCAGCACAGCCCCACUCAUUGUGCAACGACCAGUCCUGUUGCCGCAAGAAGUCUCUUCAUCGACCCUCAUGCCACAGGAACUGUCUUCGUCGGGUACACCGAAGACUCACCAGUCCGAACAGGGCUCUUGGUCCAACGAUCACAGGAAGGGACACGCGGACAAGAGGGUAGUCGCAGUUGCUCCAACAUUGGACUCCUCUGUGGUGGACAUAGAGGAAGAUCAUCUGCUUCCGGCAGAUCAAAUUGUUUGCUACCGAGGGAAUGCACUUGUGGCGCACAAGGGGCAUGAAAUCAUUCUCUACGAGCCCCCCAAGUAUCUCCAUGAAAUUGAUGUGAAAGAUAGCUUGUCCUGGAGAUCGAAAACUUGCCUCCUUUUGCUUCUCUUUCUCUUGAUAGCAUUAGCUGUUUCAGCAGGAGUUCUUUAUUUUGUCGUCUUCAAGGAAGAAAGACCAAACAAUCCUACUAUGGCACCCACGGAGGUGCCGCCUGACUCUCUUACACUUUCGUGUCCUGGGCAAGUCACAACGCUGACAGAUGAUGAUGUUGCCAGAUAUGGGACUCUGACAGCUGAGCAGCUUGUUCCCAGCAUUUACACCACGUGGAACUACAGCAUUGAUGAUUGCCAACCAGCCAACCAAGCUGCGGUUUGGUUGUCCACUGGGAAUGGAGACGAAGAUGAGACUGAUUGGCUCCAAAGAUUCAUUAUGGCUUUCAUGUACUUUGCCACAGAAGGAUCCCAAUGGCCCAGUCAAUCGAACUGGCUCAGUCACGAGGAGUCAGUUUGCUCCUGGCAGGGCCUUGGAUGCACUGGCGAUGGGGCCAUAUUGAAAAUGAACCUGGCUGAGAAUUCCUUGACUGGACCAAUGAUAAGCGAACUUGGUCUGCUUCCGAAGCUGCAAGUAAUCUCUCUACAAAGCAACGCCAUCAGCGGGUCAAUCGAUUUUGUUACCAGCCUCCCAGACCUGAAUUUGAUCAACCUGUCGAACAACCGUCUCGUUGGUCCUGUUCCUAACAUUUCUGCCCCGAACCUAGAGUUGUUGAAUCUUCACGGCAAUGUCUUCACGGGCAUAAUUCCUCCUAGCUUAGGAAUGGCUGUUUCCUUGAAGCAUCUUGAUCUUGGCAACAAUUGCCUCCAAGGAACGGUGCCCAGUGAAAUCAACAAUCUGUCUAGGCUCUCCUCUUUGAAUUUUGAGGCCAACAAUAUCCUAUCAGGACGCAUAGCCACAGAGUUUGGACGCUUUGCUGACUUGAAGCUCUUCUCCAUAUCAAACACUGCCAUCCGUGCCAGGAUACCACGACAAUAUGGCGCCUUGACCAAGCUGGAAGAGCUCCGCAUGGCUAACACAUUGGUUGGCGGUGACAUCCCAGCGGCAGUAGCCAACAUGACAAGUCUGCGUCACAUGGACCUCAGUGGAAGCCGCUUCCGAAAAGAAGUUCCUGGUUUCCUCGGGACGCUUACCAAGCUCACACACUUAUCAUUGCACAACAAUAGUCUGACGGGGGAAGUCCCAAGUGAACUCGGCGCUCUCAAGAAUCUGACUUUCCUUCAGCUUGAUAGCAACUCGAUGGUUGGGACCGUGCCAUCCGAGAUUGGUCUCUUGACAGCGCUAGAUGCACUGACACUGCAUGGCAAUGACUUGAUCACCGGCAGAGUUCCUGCUGAAGUCUGCCGAUUGCGGGAGCUCGAUCUGGAAAUUUUCACGACUUCCUGUCCGAUGAGGACGGAACAAGGAGAUCAACUUGGAGUUACAUGUGCAGUGCCACUCUGCUGUUCUGCUUGCAUUGGCCGGUUGGGACGAUGAUUGAUUGAUUGAUUGCCACAGGACAACUUGUUGUUGUCUUGCAACGACGGAGGACGCCGGCUUUCCUGAAGACUCGACUCGUUGGGUACCGUACGUGGGAGACAACAGUUCCAACGCUCUACCCGCCAUGAAGGAGUCUUCUUCUUUGUUAUAAUCUGAAUAGUGUUAUGUGUCCACGGAAGGUUCUGGCACCGCUUUCGUCGUCCUCCAGCCAUCUUGAGCUCCCCAACCACCACACAUAUAUUCAUUUUCUUGCUUGCCUGGCACACACAUGUAUACAGCCGCAUUACUCGCUCAUGGCAUUGAUUUCUUGAAAGCGUAGUAUCCCUCUCGUCUCUUUUUGGGCUAUCGACCGUACCAUGGCAUUGGCCAAGGACUGAACUGUCACUGGUUGGUCCACAAAUGGCAAUCCAAUCUUGUUGCCAAUAAAGAAUGCUCCGACUGCCGGCAAGGAAGCAGGUUUGUCCAUGGUGUAGAUGAGGGAAGGGCGAACAAUGAUGGGUCGCAACAGUUCAGAGCUGCUACUUUGCAAGCGCUCUUCCACGGCUCGUUUGGCAGCCAAGUACCGCUUUAGAAAAUCGGGUGCGAGAUUGUUUUCCACAAAGGAGCCACCCGGCAUGUCGGGCCACCCUGCUUCCGCCGCCGAUGCAAAACAAAACGGAAAGGGUUCGUUGUUGUUGUUUUCCUUGGCGUACUCUAUGGCGGCGUCCAUGGCAUUGAAGGCCGUCAGACGUGUAAUGGUAUCAUAGGUGGAACCAGAAUCUGGUAGAGAUCCAGACCCCGACGCAAAUCGGUUGUAUUGGCCAAGACCAGACUCUUCGUCCAGCAAGAGGCCCACGCAAUGAAUGAUACCUAAAACAUGUCAUUAGUUAGAGAGGUGGGGAGAAGAUCUUUCUUAGCCAAUGCGAUGCGAUGCCGUGGCAGUCAAGCCUAGACAAGUAGAAUAAAGUUCUAUGUGUCCUUCCUUACGUACCGGUAUAGGAACCUUCCUUCAAAAUUUCCGCAAUGGUUGAUUUUUCCCGUGCAUCCCCGGCCAGAUAUUUGAUGUUUGUCGAAGAUGGUGACUGGUCUCCACUACUUGGUGGACGCCCUCGUCGCGACAAGCUCGUCACUAGGAAUCCAUCCAAAGCAGCUCGUUUGCAAACAGCCUGUCCGAGAAAUCCUGUCAUGUCAGACAAACAAAACGCAACGCAAACAAAUUAGAGACAGAUUUCAAUUGCGUAUGGCAGCCCAUGCAUUGGCGACAACAUCAAGCACUCUACUACAUAGCUUCAGCUCUUACCUGUUCCUCCUAACACUAGUAGCCUCCCCUUUUUGCUUGUCACUCUGCUGCUACCGGUACUGGUAUCGCUCGAUGACAUGCGGACCGCAGUGUCUUCUGUUCUGCAAACAUCAAAGGUUGUUUGAGAGGCGCCAAGGAAAGCUGCCACCAAAGGAGGCCGAUUGAGUACCAUCAACCACGCAAAAAGGAAGCCAAGCACCUGCAUCGUUGCGAUUCUCUCGUUUGAAACUACUGGUACUUGCUACUAGCUUCCUGCUCCAACGUAGCUCCCAAUGUAUGUGUUGCUGCAUGAACCUUUGCACGGGGGUGCUGCCAAGCUGCGAUGGUUCUGCUGUUUGGGACCCUUUGUGAAGGAUAACAAUAAAAAUGCUAUUAGAAGAAGAUACAGUGACGUCAGUGGUUUUCAAAAGAUCCAAAGAUACUGGCGCAGUAGAUCUAUCUCACUGUACCAUACAGUA